AUGGCUGUGAGCUUUCUUGCUGGCUUCUUCGGGAGUAUGGGCAUUUACCGUCUGGUAUUCUCACCGAUUCGGAACUUCCCAGGACCACGUCUGGGUGCACUUUCGUCCUUCUACCGCGUAUAUAUUGCGCUCAGGAGCAAUAUCCGGCUGUUCACCGAAGUCGAGAAGCUGCACGAACAGUACGGCGACUACGUCCGCGUCGGACCUCGAGAGAUAUCCAUCUUGAAUCCCUCGGCCAUUCCUCUGCUGUACGGGCCCAAGACAAAAUGCAGACGUGGCCCGUGGUAUGAUCAUAUCCGGGGAAAUGAAGAAGAUAAACAUGUACUCAACAUAAGGGAUCCUGCUCUCCACAGCCAGAGGAGAAGAGUUUUGGACAGAGGCUUGAGCAGCAAAGCUCUCGCCGACUACGAAUCCCGGGUCCAGAGCACCGUUGAUGACUUCGUCAAGGCUCUUGAUGAACGUGUCGGCACGCCCAUCGACAUGACUUCCUGGGUCAAUUUCUUCUCAUUCGACGCCAUGGGCCGCAUAGCCUACAACGUCGACUUCGGCAUGCUCCAACGCGGCGAGGGCACCGUCAAAAUGGAGGGCCGAUCCACCUCCCUCAAAGUCCUUCACGACGCGAUGAAAGUCUUCGGCAUCAUCGGCGCCGUCCCCUGGCUAUUCCGGAUGAUUAGCCAGACCGGCGGCGGCGGAGAAAUCAAAACUUUUUUCGAAUGGUGCAACUCGGCCAUGGAAAUGAAGCAACGGACCUUCAACCCCACCCACGACACCCCCACCGACAUCGCCAGUCACAUCCUCGCCGCGCAGACCGACGCCACCAAACACCCGCAAACGCCACUCGCCCUCAAAAACACCUCCAGCCUCCUCAUCCUCGCCGGCAGCGACACGGCGGCGUCCGCCAUGACCAACGCCCUCUUCUACCUCUUCCGCGACCCCGUCCGCCUGCGCAAGCUGCGCGCCCAGCUCGACGCCCUGCCUGAUGCCGACGCGCCGUCCCCGCGCUCGCUCGCCUCCGUCCGCUACCUCGACUGCGUGCUCAACGAGACGCUCCGCCUGAAGCCGCCGGCGUGCGAGGGGCUGACGCGCGAGACGCCGGCGGGCGGGAUAACCGUGCCACCCCCACCCGGCGGGGACAAGAGCAGCAGUGCAGGAGGAGGAACACCGGUCUUCAUCCCCGCCAACACCAUCGUCGCGGUCCCGACGUGGGCGCUGCACCGGGACACACGGUUCUGGGGGUCCGACGCGGGGUCGUUCCGGCCGGAGCGCUUCGAGGACAUGGGAGACUUGCUGGCGGAGACGGCGCCGUUCAUACCGUUUACGCGGGGCGCGUGUACGUGCCCCGGGAAGGCGCUGGCGUACGUGGAGAUGCGGGCGGUGGUGGCGGCGGUGGUGGGGCGGUUUGAUGUGGUGGAGGUGGUGGGGGGCGAGGAAGGGAUGAGGGCGUUUGAUGAGGGGUGUGUGGAUUCGUUUACGUUGACGAAUAGGCCGUUGUGGGUGGUGUUGAGGAGGAGGGAGCGGUAG